CCCUUUAAGCCCCACGGAGGCCACCGGUGGUCAGCGCUGAGCCCAGCCUCCAGGGAGAGGGACCGACGGCCGCCGGGCGGGGGACACGCCGCUGCACUGGGCAGCCCCGGGCCGAGAGGGGGAGGCGAGGUGGACGGACAGACAGACGGCAGACUUGUAGACAUUGAGGAGGGACGGGGAGGCAGACGACCGCCGCGAGGAUCCACAGAUUCCUUGCCCGGGGAGCCCCUGCCCGAGUUCCUGUCGCUGCCUCCCUCCAGGGAGCGACGGAGACAGGCGUGCGGCCUCGCUGCGGGGGCCGAGCAUCAUCCCGCCUCCGCGCGGCCCUGCCUCCUCGGCCGCUGCCGGUUUCCCUUCCCCGGGGCACGCGGGGUGGCUAGAAGGGCCGAGGACGCGCUUGGCCCCCCGCACCUGCGCGUCAUGGCCGCCGUCCAGGGCGAGGCGCGGGCCGCGUUUGGACCCUGGGACUACGGGGUCUUCGCCCUCAUGCUGCUGGUGUCCACGGGCAUCGGGCUGUGGGUCGGGCUGGCGCGGGGCGGGCAGCGCAGCGCCGAGGACUUCUUCACCGGCGGCCGGCGCCUGGCGGCCCUGCCCGUCGGCCUCUCGCUGGCCGCCAGCUUCAUGUCGGCGGUGCAGGUGCUGGGCGUGCCGGCCGAGGCCUACCGCUACGGCCUCAAGUUCAUCUGGAUGUGCCUGGGCCAGUUGCUCAACUCCCUGCUCACCGCGGUGCUCUUCCUGCCGGUCUUCUACCGCCUGGGCCUCACCAGCACCUACCAGUACCUGGAGCUGCGCUUCAGCCGCGCUGUGCGGCUCUGCGGGACCCUGCAGUACCUGGUGGCCACAAUGAUGUACACUGGCAUCGUGAUCUACGCCCCCGCGCUCAUCCUGAAUCAAGUGACUGGGUUGGACAUCUGGGCAUCGCUCCUGUCCACCGGAGCCAUCUGUACCUUCUACACGACUGUGGGCGGCAUGAAGGCUGUGGUCUGGACGGAUGUAUUUCAGGUCGUGGUGAUGCUCACUGGCUUCUGGGCUGUCCUGGCCCGCGGCACCGUGCUGGUGGGUGGGCCCAGGCAUGUGCUUGACAUCGCCCAGAACCACUCCCGGAUCAACCUGAUGGACUUUAACCCGGACCCACGGAGCCGCUACACGUUCUGGACUUUUGUGGUGGGUGGCACAUUGGUGUGGCUCUCGAUGUAUGGCGUAAACCAAGCACAGGUGCAGCGCUAUGUGGCCUGUCGCACAGAGAAGCAGGCCAAGCUGGCCCUGCUCAUCAACCAGCUGGGCCUGAUCCUGAUCGUGUUCAGUGCUGCUGGCUGUGGCGUGAUCAUGUUCGCCAUCUAUAUAGACUGCGACCCUCUCCUUGCAGGGCGGAUCUCUGCCCCAGACCAGUACAUGCCCCUGCUGGUGCUGGACAUCUUCAAGGACCUGCCAGGAGUCCCCGGGCUCUUUCUGGCCUGUGCCUACAGUGGUACCCUCAGCACCGCAUCCACCAGCAUCAAUGCCAUGGCCGCAGUCACCGUGGAGGACCUCAUCAAGCCUCGGCUGCCGAGCAUCACACCCCGGAGACUCGUGAUGAUCUCCAAGGGGCUCUCACUCAUCUAUGGCUCAGCCUGUCUCACCGUGGCGGCUCUGUCCUCACUGCUGGGGGGAGGCGUCCUCCAGGGCUCCUUCACCGUAAUGGGAGUCAUCAGCGGCCCCCUCCUUGGAGCCUUCAUCCUGGGAAUGUUUCUCCCUGCCUGCAACACCCCGGGUGUCCUCUCCGGCCUGGCCACCGGCUUGGCGCUCUCGCUGUGGGUGGCGGUGGGCGCCACUCUGUACCCGCCCGGCGCUCAGUCCUUGGGAGUCCUGCCGUCAUCGGCCGCCGGCUGUGCGGUGCCCUCCGCCAACACCUCCGGCCUCCAGGGCCUGCUCGGGGCCACCAACACCUCCAGCCAGAGCCCCAGCCCCGGAAUGGACCCCGAUCGACCCGCCUUAGCUGACAGCUUCUACGCCAUUUCCUAUCUUUAUUAUGGUGCCCUGGGCACGCUGAGCACUGUGCUGUUUGGAGCCCUCAUCAGCUGCUUGACAGGCCCCACCAAGCGCAGUGCCUUGGGUCCUGGGCUGCUGUGGUGGGACCUUGCACGACAGACCGCAUCGGUGGCCCCCAAGGAAGAAGUGGCUACCUUGGAUGACAGCUUGGGGAAGGGUGCUGAGGAGCUGCCUCCUGGAGCCAAGAGGCCUCCUGACUUCUUGCCCAGUGAUGAGGACCAUCCGCUCUUCCUGGGGCAGAAGGAGGUGGAGGGAGCCGGCUCCCAGACCCCCAGCAGUGGACAUGACCAUGGCCAGGACCUUCGGGAGACCCACCUCUGAGCCAGCAGGCGACUGACCACUGAACCUCGCAGGUUCCUGGGAUGGAACCUCAGGGUGGGCCACUCCCAGGCCACAGGAGCAUAGCCUCGGGCUCCGAUUGGCUGGACUGUGUCCUAUGCAAAUGGAGUUUGGGACUGAAUGUCCCGCCCUACGGAAAGAGGUGAAGCCCUGCCUUUAGGAGGUCAUUUUAUCCAGCCCCCUUCUUCCAGCCAGUCCCUAGUCUUAGGUGCUGCACCCUUGCCUGCUCCCCCAAAAUGAAGCCAGAUUUUUCUCCACGUUCAAUGGAAAGAUGUUGGAGUCCCCUCUGGACAACACGGGAAAACUCCAGGCCCAAGAUGAGGGUCUGAGAAAGUCUCCGGGGCUCCUCUGGAACAUGUCUGAACCUUAGCAAGGAUUUUGAAGGUCCUCAGGCACAACCCCCUGCACCCCAUUUCACAGAUGGGGAAACUGAGGUCUGGAAAGGGACAACAACUUGACCAAGGUCACAGAGCAAACUAGAGAUUCAUUGAGAGUUGGGCACCAGCUCUUCCUCCUUCACCUCUCCGUUUUCCUCCCUUUGAAGAGUCAGACAUCAUAUGGCCCUUGACCUUGGGAGCAAGAAGGGAGGAUAAAAGAGAAAUAGUGUUUUCAAUCUUCUUCUUUGCGCUUGGACACUCUUCCAUCGCAUCUACUAAGAACCAUGAGCCCCCUUCCCGGAGGAAUACACUAAGGCUUAGUGGGGUUUCCUGAGGUCACACAGCGAGUUGGGUCUGGGCAGGGACAGGCCUGGGAGCUGCGUGACGCUGACGCUCCAUUGCCAAUUUGUCACCGGUGAACAGGCUCACUUAGGUUGGGCAAACCCACGUCCUGGGGAUGCUCUUGACUUUGGUUAGAGACUUACUCCAUGCACAUCAAAUAAACGGACUUUGACGCUUGA